AUGAAGCUGGCCUCCCCGUCCACAUCCCCCAGACUCAUCCAGAAUCCUUCUGAUAUUAUAAAAUCGGAACCCAUUACCCAUCUCCAUCUGGCCAAGUGGAAGGCGGAAGACGACCUCAUGGUCAAGGCGAACCGACAGACACGCGACUGCAGCUCGUCCGGACCCUACUACUGCCAACAACAAGCAUCAGACCUCGAUGCGAGAAAGUGCGAACCCAUGUCUCCACCAGACAACUACUCAAUCACGUCCUCCCCACAAACCUUUGGCUGGCCACCGUCGUCUGAUUCAGGAGAGAGCGAGCCGUGGACGCUGCACCACCACGAGCUGCUGCCCGAUCAUUCCGGCUACGCCAAGUCGCCCUCGUCGCCUGCGAGCGGUUGGGACUGCGCGGUGCCGUACCAGUUCCAGAGCGCCCCUACGUCGGCCGGAUACUUUGGCGAUUGCGGCAUCCCCUUUACGGCCGCUACGCCUCCCCCCAUGCAGGCCAGCUACUCGCACUCGCCCGUCUUUGAGAUGGCCUCGAGCUACGGCAGCCCGCACUACCCACCCAGCCACUUUGCUGACGGCUCACCGUCGCAGCAGCAGCAGCAGCAGCAGCAGCGCCCGAUGACAUGUGGUGAUCUGGGCUCCCUGGUGCACGAAACGACGUCGCACCACGAAUACUCAUCUGCCGUCAUGGCAACGCCGCCCAGCGAGUACCAGGACGGCAGCAAGGGCAAAAACGACAUCAACAGCCUGCCGUACUCGCAGCUCCUGUACCGAGCGUUUAUGAGCUCCAACACGAGGAAGCUGUCUCUGCGCCAAAUUUACCAGUGGUUUGAAGACAACACCAACAAGGCGGUGAACAACAAGGGUUGGCAAAACAGCAUCCGCCACAACCUGAGCAUGAACCGGGCAUUUGAAAAGGCACCGCUCAAGGAAGACGGGACAGAAUCAAGACGGGCGACGGAGUGGGUGUUGGCCGACUGGGCACUGCAAGAAGGCGUACAGAGCACGACACGGUAUCGCAAAGGCAAUAUCCGGUCGAAAUCACACGGGUCGGAGCGCGACCGGCUAGCCAACAGCGCAUACUCUGGGGGUCGCAGAGGUGUCAUGGGAUACAGCGGGCGCGGGCGGGAGAGACACUAUAGCCAUCGAAUGGCGAUGCAUGGGCUGGCGCCAGAGUCACACCUUGUGUAUGGCGCUGCUGGUCCUCCUCCUCCUCCUCUUCCUGGCGCACCGCCACCCGGGCACCUUGGGACUUGUUCGACUGGGUUUCCCGAGGUGGAGGGCUACAUGACGGCGGCGGCCGGGGGGCUCUGCUACUCGGGCAUGGAAGUGCAGGAAGGCUACGGCGGCGGCGGCGGCGGGUUCGCGCAACAAGACGAGUCGACGAGCUACAAUGGAUAUGCCAUGUACAGCAUGGGCGAGGGGACGGCCAUGGGCGAAUAUGCCAUUGUUGGCGGCGUUCCCGACGGCACCCUGGCCGGAACCCAUGUUGGUGGCGUUGUGCCACCAACAUCAGUUGGGGUUCAAUUUGGGCCUCAGUUGUCGUCGACUUCGUCUGGCCUUGUCAUGGCCAACGAGCAGCACUCUCAGCACCAUCAUUACACGCAUGCCGAGUAUGAUACGAGACAGGGCAUCAGUCUCGCUCCUCGGGGGACACACGAAUAG